CGCAUCCAAGCAGCCGGCCGGCGGGGGCCACUGGUCUGGUGCAGUAAUGUGACGGGGGUCGAAUGGACAGAGACUGGGUACAACACCGCGCAGGAGGAGGACGUGUCUAACCAUUAACCAGCGUUAACCACCGAGGCAGCUGAGCGGGAGCCGGUACCGUGGGCUGCAUAAAGGCGUGCGCACCGGCAUCCACGCCUCAGCCUGAGCGCGUUACUGAGAGGUGGAGGGGUGCAUCCAGCCGGCAACGCGAAGCGCGUCCGCUCUGACCGAAUAUCGCUCUUCCUCUCCGGAACACGCCGACAACACAAGGUGACUGUCCACUCUGGUUGGAGAGGAACCAUUCUGCAGGCUGCAAUUCAAUCUUCAUAUUACAGACCUUUAAAUAUCUCCCUUGAAAACCUCCCAGCAGCCACGUGGUGUAAGGUGAGACAUUCCCAGCCUGGUACACUCACCAGUCUGACAUGAUCAGUGGACUGAAAGCAUGACCAGUCGGCGCUGCUAUCUUCCCACUUCAGACCUCUGAUUUGAUUUUUUUUGUCCUGCAGCUCACACUGAACUUUCCGAGGACUGUUUACAAGUGAAGAGUCCCCGAGCCUAUUCCUUUCCUUUUCUCUUCUGUGUUGAACCUGUAUGCCCUCUUCUUUUUUUCGCCGGUCUACCCUGAGCACCUUGCAGUGAAUGGAGAACAUACUGGUUCUGCUCCCGAAGCACCGACAGGAACACGGGCUCAGCAGACGCACGGCUGCGUGUGGCUCGCUGCAGGUUUUUCCCUACAGUACCGUCUUCUCCCGGUCUUUAGUAGCGACCCCAACUCCCUGUAAGCCUCUUUAAUGGGAUAAAUCAAUUGGACUGAUCAGGUUCAAAACCAGAUCGGGUGGCCGAUUCCAUUCUGACUUCCCCGAAACAACCUGACCUUUUCUUAUCAAGCCCACUGUCCUCCAAAGGCGUCCGCAUGGUACUUUGGUCAAAAGAGCAAGACAAACUUCCUGACAUCGACAUGUCCUCCGGGGCCAUUGAGGCGAAGAAGGAGGGAGGGCCCCUGACAUCGGCCCUGCUCAACUCCAACUGCUCCGUCCACCCGGUGAUCCUCGCCGAGGGCCCCGAGGAGGUGGGCCCGGUAACCGGCGGCGAGUUAGAGCUCACAGAGGUCACAGAGGUCACAUCUUUCCCAGAGAGGGCCGGUGAGACCGGGGAGGAUGAGGAGAGGUCGGAGAUUGUGGUGGCGAUGGACUGCCGGGCCAACGCCAAAGGUCAGAGGGAGGAGGACGCUCUCCUGGAGAACGCCAGCCAGAGCAACGAGAGCGACGACACCAGCACCGACCAGAGCCCCGAGCCGCCGGCCCCCCUCAAGGAGACCUCCUUCUCCAUUGGCCUGCAGGUGGUCUUCCCUUUCCUGCUGGCUGGGUUCGGGACGGUGGGAGCUGGAAUGGUGCUAGACAUUGUUCAACACUGGACAGUGUUCACGGAGGUGUCAGAGGUGUUCAUCCUAGUUCCAGCACUGCUGGGGCUCAAAGGCAACCUGGAGAUGACACUGGCCUCCAGACUUUCCACCGCGGCUAAUAUUGGUCAGAUGGACACAGCCAAGAACAUGUGGAAGAUGAUAAUGGGGAACUUGGCCCUCAUCCAGGUCCAGGCCACCGUGGUGGGUUUCCUGGCCUCCAUAGCUGCUGUGAUCUUCGGCUGGAUCCCAGAGGGACACUUCAAUCUGGGCCACGCCGUGCUGCUGUGUGCCUCCAGUGUGGCGACUGCCUUCAUCGCCUCUCUGCUGCUAGGGCUCAUCAUGAUCGGUGUGAUCAUCGCGGCCAGGAAAGUCGGCAUCAACCCUGACAACGUGGCCACGCCCAUUGCCGCCAGCCUGGGAGACCUGAUCACCCUGUCCCUGCUGGCAGGCAUCUCAACUGGACUGUACAAGGAGCUAGAGUUCAAUGACUACGUCAGCCCGCUGGUGUGUGCGGUGUUUGUGGCCUUGUGCCCCCUAUGGGUGCUGAUAGCCAGGAGGAUCCCAUCCACCAGAGAACUGCUGUACUCUGGCUGGGAGCCGGUCAUCAUCGCCAUGGCCAUCAGCAGUGUCGGUGGUUUGAUCCUCGACAAGACCGUCACCAACCCAAACUUUGCUGGCAUGGCGGUCUUCACCCCGGUCAUCAACGGUGUGGGAGGUAACCUGGUCGCGGUUCAGGCCAGUCGCAUCUCCACCUAUCUGCACAUGAACGGUCUACCCAUGGGGGAUCCCAACCCCACCCCCAGGAAGUGCCCCACACCCUGCACCUCCUUCUUCGGCUCCUCUGUGAACUCCCGUUCAGCCCGCGUGCUCUUCCUCCUGGUCGCCCCGGGUCACCUCGCCUUCCUCUACACCAUCAACUCCCUGAGGGGGGGACACACCACCCUGACAGCCGUCUUUGUUGCGUUUUACAUGGUUGCUGCGCUACUACAGGUUCUAAUCCUUCUCUACCUGGCAGACUGGAUGGUACACUGGAUGUGGGGGCGAGGCAUGGACCCCGACAACUUCUCCAUCCCCUACCUGACCGCUCUGGGCGACCUGCUGGGGACCGGCUUCCUCGCCCUCUGCUUCCACAUGCGCUGGUUCAUCGGAGACAAGGACGCUAACGCGGGCAACUGAAUGAAUACACAGUGACACGCACAACAACAAAAAGACACACUCUGCGCUUGCACGCACGGACAGUGACAAACAUCGCCCGCAUGCGUGGACAUUAUCUGAAAAUGGACGUUGUCUACUAUAUAAGGGCUAAUCUCCUGUCGGGCUCCGAUUGAUGGUCUAGCACUUGUAGGGGCAGUGACGUUUCGUCUCCAGGAUAUCAGGACUUUGGUGCACCACAGCAGCAGAACAGAUUCUGGACAGUAUUUUAAACACACAUAUCUGCACCUCAACCAGUAAACAAAACCCUGCAAAACUCCCCCACUCCUCCUAUAUUUUACUUAAUAACUGAGUCCAACUACUUUUGUUAUUAUCACAAUAUUGACAAUGAUUACUAUUGUUGAUAAAUAAUGAAUUUGAUAUGAAUCGUUCCAUGCGAAGGGCCAGUCCUCAUUAUUUUCAAUGGGAAUGUUAGCCCUACCGUUUUUAUAAAAAGAUCAAGUUUUAACACUAAGACAGCAAAAAAGAUGUCCAAAUGAGCCUAGAAUGCUUAAUCACCAAGUGCUACAUCAUAAACAGAAUGAAUAUUA